GAAUUUUAUCUUUUCUAAUCCAUUUUUUUAUAAAUUCAUGUAUUGAUUUAAGACAAUGUCAAUCUCUAUCACUACAUCGGAACAGUUUCAGCACAUUCUUCGUAUCCUCAACACCAACGUUGAUGGUAGAGAAAAGGUCAUCAUCGCCUUGACCGCCAUCAGAGGUGUUGGUCGUCGUAUGGCCACCGUAGUUUGCAAGGAGGCCGGAAUCGAUGUCACCAAGAGGGCAGGUGAAUUGACCCAAGAUGAAAUCAACAAGGUAGUCACCAUUAUCGGCUCUCCAGCCCAAUUCAAAAUCCCAUCGUGGUUCCUCAAUAGACAAAAGGAUGUCAAGGAGGGCAAGCAUAUGCAUCAUGCUGCAAACGCUUUGGACUCAUGCUUGCGUGAGGAUCUCGAAAGGCUCAAGAAGAUGCGUUUGCACAGAGGUUUGAGGCACUACUGGGGCCUUAGGACCCGUGGCCAACAUACUAAGACCACCGGCAGACACGGAAGAACUGUUGGUGUCGCAAAGAAGAAGUAGUCGCACCUAAACAAGGCGUUCGCCUUUAUAAUUUGUCAUCUACUC